GAAAGGUUUAAGGCAGGCAAGGGAGUAGAGCCCUGGGGAUUGAGCCGCACCGAGGCAGAUGGGGCAACGGGCGGGGAGACUGUUUAUCCGUGCACGUCAUGUGCCUGCCUUCCAAUGUUGCCUCUUGACUUCUAUUUGACGUAUUUUCAAUAUUCUGGACGUUUUAUUCUUUGGUGGAAUUAUUGACUGAUACCCAUUGGGAGGGUCCUGUCAAUGGUAAUGAGAAAUGAUCAUGAUUGAAACGCGGAUUUAUAGUCGUGUUUCCAAAAUCCUUUUUGGGGUCUUUCUUCUCGCCUCUAGUGGCGCAAUGCCGCGGUGAUCACAAACAACUGCGACAAUGCCUCCUUCUCAAUCAAUAAUACGAGCACUACCUUCUGAUGUGAUUGCAAAGGUCAAAUCAUCUACAUCCAUUGUGCAUCUGACUGGCGUCAUUUUGGAGCUAGUCAAGAAUUCUUUAGAUGCCAAUGCACAUACCGUCUUUGUCACUGUCGACUUCAAACGUGGUGGCUGUAUAGUUGAGGAUGAUGGCGAUGGAAUUCCUCCGGCCGAGUUCGAAGUUACAGGAGGGCUGGGCAAACCUCACCAUACAUCCAAAUUCAAGCUGAGUGGCAUGUAUGGCCAUCGGGGCUUGUUCUUGGCUUCCCUUGCCUCGUUGUCUCUGCUCACCGUGACUUCUCGUCACAUUCAUCAUGGAUGCACAAACUCAAUAAUACUUCAUCACUCGACGCCUGUGGCUCGACUAACCCCUGCACCGCCACAUCAUGUGCUUCGCUCUGCCGGUCAUGGCACGUCUGUGACUGUCAAUGACCUUUUUGGGAACAUGCCAGUUCGUGUCAAGAGUCGAGCCCUCACUCUUCAGCGGCCGGACGAGCUAGAACGAGAGUGGGACCAUCUAAGGAACUCCUUGGUGUCUCUCCUUUUGGCCAAUCCUCAAUUCUCAAAAUUAGUCUUCCUCGAUGUGGAAAGAAAUAAACGAAUGUCCAUUCGUCUUGGAACUGCCACCAUGCCCGAAGCACGCAUCCCUGAUGGUCAGAGGGAGUUCGAUCUCAAACGUAUCGGGUUAAUCCUCACACAAUCUGGGCUGAUCAUACCCCAAAACUUCGAUGCUUGGCAUGAAAUUUCAGCAUCAGUUUCUGACCUCAUAGUUCGGGGAGCAAUAUCUCUCCAACCCAGCCCAAGUCGGAAGCUUCAGUUCAUCUCUUUGGGGAAAGAACCCGUGCUAUCGCGCAAUAGCUCGAAUGUGCUUUAUGACGAAGUAAACCGGCUAUUUGCUUCGUCGGAUUUCAGUAAUGUUGGAUUCAUGUCUAACAGAAGCCCCGUUCCAUAUCCUACAUCUUCCGUGGAUCAAUUUGACGCCCCAAGUAACGCAAGCACUCGAAGCUGGGCAAAGCCCGUCAAUAAGUGGCCAAUGUUUUACAUCCGCAUUGACACAAACGCUGUUAUACGGUUGGACGAUGAUGGAUCUGAGCAUCUUCCAGAAUCGGCCAAAUCGAUUCAACGUAUAGUUGAUGUGCUUGGGGCCAUGGUCCAUGAGUUUUUGAAGCAACACAAUUUCCGCCCUCGUAACGGCAAACAGCAGACCAUGUCAUCAGAUCAAAACCAGAGUAUCCGUUCCAAAGCCUCUCAAGUAGCCGGCAGUUCUUGUGGCCCCCUACAACAAGGUAGCUCGAUCUCGAGCACCGAAGAGGCGUUUAGCGGUCGUCUGAAAAUGCCCUCAUUCCCAAGAGCCCAGUCUCUGAACUCUGGUCAAAGCUUCAAUAACUGGUCUAGGGUAAAAACCGCUAAGGAUCUCAAAGGACGUUCUCCGACUCGUCGAACGCCUCGGCUUUCUCAUGCGGCCCCUGAUAUAAUGCCGGGUGCGACCUCCUUGCCGAUCCUCUCUAAACAUAGGCCAAACCGUCGAAAUGAUGGCCAGGAGCGCACCAUUCUCCCAAGGCCUACGAAUAAACGGGUCUAUGGUGAGGGCAGGAACGGAACAGAGGACCUGCCUAGAGACUCACCAUCAGACGAGAUGAUUACCUGGAUCGAUCCACACACCAAGUUGGCCUAUAUGAUUAAUCCUCGAACGGGCCAAACGAUUAAUUCCCGGAAAUCAUUAUCUACCCAGCGUUCUCCCACUGAUUUUGUCGAUACCUCAUCCAAGAAUCCAGUACAAACCGUUUGGAUAGAAAACCUGUUGGGGGCAUGGGACAAUCCUUCCUUCAGCCGAACAGAAAUGCCAAUACCAAAUCUAGGCGCAAAGCCCGCCGGUCAGCAGAAUACAAUUACUUCUUCGCAUGACUGCUUCAAGGGCAUUGGAUCGCUUGAUACAGCGCAAGUUGCCAAAUAUCGAGGAAAACUUCAACGUCGUGCACUCGAGACUGCCGAAGUGAUAGCCCAGGUGGACAAAAAGUUCAUCUUGGCUAAAGUCCAUACGACCCCCGUCAUUCUCAAUUCGGAGGGGACGUCAAACGAUGUGCUGCUUUUAAUCGAUCAGCACGCGGCCGAUGAGCGAUGUCGAAUUGAACAGUUGUUUAGGGAGAUGUUCCUCUCUGCUGGGCUGGGUGAGAAUUUGGAGUCGGGUGGUCGAGUGCGGACUGUCCAAGUCGGUUCUUUGGCAUUUGAAGUUUCAUCGACGGAGGGUGAUCUCUUCCAAAAAUAUACAGGUCUCUUCUCAGCCUGGGGUAUUGAGUAUGUGACACAAGGCAAGACCAACUCUACUGUCUUGAUCGCCGUGCAUACUCUUCCUGUGCUAAUAGCCGAACGCUGUCGGCUCGAGCCUCAUGUGUUGAUCGACUUGAUGAGGCGUGAGAUCUGGUCAGGUGAGGAAGAUGGCCGGAGGCCGUUCCAGUCGAAGAAAGCAUUUGAAACCGAAUAUACCGAUCAGGAUCCCGAAUUAUCAGAAAACGAUGAUGUGAUACACAAAGGAACCUCAAGAUCAUCCGCCUCGCGCUCAUGGGUUCAACAGAUGCACGGAUGCCCUCAAGGCAUCGUGGACCUUCUCAACUCCCGCGCCUGUCGCACUGCUAUCAUGUUUAAUGACACGUUGAACAUUGAAGAGUGCCAGGCCUUGGUCUCCAGGCUAGCCCGCUGUGCCUUCCCCUUUCAAUGCGCCCACGGCCGCCCUUCAAUGGUCCCUAUACUUGAUUUACGAUCCCUCUCUGAGACUGCUAUUUCACUGCCGCUAGACUUGGAUACCAAACCAUCCGCUUAUGAUCAAAACGACGACAUGAGUUUGGAUUUCAUGGACGCGUUUAAAACACGUUAUGUAACAUAGUUUGUUUAGUUAGUUCCAAGGUUCUCAUAGAGGAAGUUUGGGGAUCUGGGGUAGGAAUGUGUAAAUUAGGUGAUACAUCAAUCAAGGGUUAACAAAU